AUGUUAAUGACUAUUAUUUGGAGUAAUUUAAUUUGUACACAUAAUUUUACAAAUGAUGAGUUUAUAGAUUAUUGUAUAUCUAUGAAAAUAAGUACAACUGGUUCAUUCAAUGAAUUUAGUAUUUUUAAUGAUAAAACUAUUUGUGACAUUUUAAAACAAAAAGAAUUUUUUGAUUUUACUAAUGAAGAUGACGUUAAAAAAUUGUUAAAUAGUUUAAAUACAAAUUUAAAAGAAGAUUUUUAUAUUUAUGUUAACAAUAUUUUACAUAACUUAAACAAACAAUAUGUUGAUUUUAUCAAUGAAUUUACUAAAAAUCUAAAAAAUAAUGACUUAUCUGCUAAUAUUUAUAAAUUUAAAGCUAUCUUUGAUAUUAUUAAUGAAAAUAUACAAAAAUUAAUGAUAAUUUUAGAUGAUGUUUUACCUUAUGAAAAUGGUUUGUAUUUAUACUAUGCUUUGUGUAAUAUUUCUUUAGUAGAAGAAAAAACUAAAGAUCCACCACCCUGUUAUCUUAGAUUUGAGGUUAUUUUUUUUGAAAUAAUAAAAGCUCUUGAGUUAUCUAAAAUAAUUAGACCCAUAUAUGAAAAUCGUGAACAUUUUUAUUUAUUAAUUGUGUAUUUAAAGAGUGAAAAUUUAAGUGUAUUUAAAAAAAGAAUUGUUGAAAUCUAUAAAAACAAUGAGUUUAAAAUUGGUAAAAUUUUAAAUAUAGAAGCUUGUAAUAAAGAUAUAAAUAAAAUUGAUUAUCUUGGACAAACAAUUUAUAGUGAUGUUAAAAUUUUAUUAGAUAAUAAUUCCAAAUUAUAUGAUAAAUUGUAUGAAUCAGCUAAAAUAUUUUAUACUAAUAUGAAAGAAAUUAAAGAUGAAAUGUGCCUUUUAAAAGAACAAACUUGUUUAGAAAAAGAUAAAUUUAAACAUGUUUAUAAUUUUAAAAAAGAAGAUAAUGAUCCUUUAAGAUUUUUAAAAAAUAUUAAACUCAGUGAUAGUUUUUUAUGUGAUAUAACUAAUGAUUUAAAAAGUUUUGUUGAUUGUAAAAACGACUCUUAUAUAAAAGAAGAGUUUGAAUAUGAUAUGGUUUAUUAUCUUAAUCUAAUUGAAGCUUGUUUUGGAAAAAAACAAAUUAAAGUAGAUUGUAAAUCUCGAGAAGCCUUUUUUAUUUAUUUAAACAAUUUAAAAUUCUUUGUUAGUGUUUAUAGAUUUUUUGAAUUGGAUUUUAAAAAGUUAAAUGAUUUCUUGGAACUUUUAUGA